UGGAUGGUGACACAGUUAUUGGCAUUCCACCACGCCGUCAGUCAGCUAGGACACGGUAAGUGAGCUGUUCUGGCACUCCCCAGUCAUGGCAGGCUCCGAUCUUGUUGACCACUCACCCCGCCAUCCCACCAGGGCUGUGCAGCUAGAGACCGCUUCGAAUGUCAUCUUAAUCGAUAACUACGACUCCUUCACCUGGAAUGUAUACCAGUAUUUGGUGUUGGAGGGUGCUACCGUGACGGUCUUUCGCAAUGACCAAAUUACUUUGGAAGAAUUGAUUUCUAAAAAACCAACUCAACUCGUUAUCAGCCCUGGCCCGGGCCACCCGGAGACUGACGCCGGUAUCAGCAAUGCUGCAAUUCAAUACUUUGCCGGGAAAGUGCCUGUUUUUGGGGUGUGCAUGGGCCAACAAUGUAUGAUUUAUUCAUUUGGCGGAAAGGUUGAUGUAACGGGCGAGAUUCUGCACGGCAAGACCUCGGUCUUGAAGCAUGACGGAAAGGGUGUCUAUGAGGGGCUUCCUCCUUCAGUGAUCAUUACGCGGUACCACUCUUUGGCGGGCACCCAUUCUACUGUGCCUGACUGCCUAGAAGUGACCUCCACGGUUCAGUUAGGAGAAGAUUCUAGUAAGACGGUUAUCAUGGGUAUUCGACACAAGGAGUUGGCAGUGGAAGGUGUUCAGUUUCACCCUGAGAGUAUCCUGACGGAACAUGGACGAACAAUGUUUAGGAACUUCCUCAAGCUUACCGCUGGCACCUGGGCAGGCAACGGCAAGAACUUUGGCCAGUCUUCAAGCGCUCCUGCGAAGCCGGGCAAGAAGAUGUCUAUCCUCGAAAAGAUCUACGACCACCGCAGGGCCGCAGUCGCUAUCCAAAAGACCAUUCCGUCUCAGCGGCCAGCUGACCUCCAGGCUGCUUACGAUCUUAACAUUGCUCCCCCCCAAAUUCCGUUCCCCGCCCGUCUGCGGCAAUCUGCAUACCCACUGUCCUUGAUGGCGGAAAUCAAGCGUGCUUCCCCUUCGAAAGGCAUGAUUGCAGAGCAUGCAUGUGCUCCUGCGCAGGCCCGACAAUACGCCAAGGCUGGAGCAAGUGUCAUCUCAGUCCUGACUGAGCCGGAAUGGUUUAAGGGCAGCAUUGAUGACUUGCGUGCUGUGCGCCAGAACCUAGAGGGGAUAACCAACCGGCCUGCGAUCCUCCGGAAAGAAUUUGUGUUUGACGAGUACCAGAUUCUGGAAGCGCGCUUGGCUGGUGCCGAUACUGUUCUACUCAUUGUGAAAAUGCUUGACAUCGAGCUUCUCACAAGACUUUACCGUUACUCUCAGAGUCUGGGCAUGGAGCCCCUAGUCGAGGUCAACACUCCUGAGGAGAUGAAGAUUGCCGUAGACCUUGGUGCCCAGGUCAUUGGCGUUAACAACAGGGAUUUGACUAGUUUUGAAGUGGAUCUCGGCACCACCAGCCGGCUAAUGGAUCAGGUGCCCGAAAGCACCAUUGUUUGUGCGCUCAGCGGAAUUUCAGGUCCCAAAGACGUGGAGGCCUAUAAGAAGGAAGGCGUCAAAGCUAUUCUUGUUGGGGAGGCCCUUAUGCGUGCUCCAAAUACUGCAGCGUUUAUUGCAGAGCUCCUUGGAGGGGAAUCCAAGAAACUUCCUCAAACCCCGCCAAACACCCCUUUGGUGAAGAUUUGCGGUACUCGAACUGAAGAAGGUGCCCGUGCGGCAAUUGAAGCUGGUGCAGAUUUAAUCGGUAUUAUUCUUGUCAAGGGCAGGAAACGGCUGGUUCCGGAUGAUGUUGCGUUGCGAAUUUCUCAAGUAGUUAAGUCUACUCCACGACCCACCCCUCAAUCUCCCGCCGAAGGAGAUUCAGACACAACCGCAAUUGAUUACUUUGACCAUUCCGCCAGUCACUUGCGACACCCUACGCGUGCUUUGCUUGUGGGUGUAUUUCUGGAUCAGCCGUUGUCUUAUGUCCUUGCUCAACAACAAAAGCUUGGGUUAGACGUCGUGCAACUGCAUGGAUCCGAACCCCUAGAAUGGUCCAGGCUCAUUCCAGUGCCUGUCAUUCGUAAAUUUGGCCUCGAUGAUUUUGGAAUCGCGCGAAGGGCUCACCAUACAUUGCCGUUGCUGGAUUCGGGGGCUGGAGGCUCUGGUGAACUCCUAGAACAAUCACGUGUCAAACAAGUUCUGAACUCUGAUGAGGGUUUGCGAGUUAUCCUAGCUGGAGGAUUGGAUUCCACUAAUGUUGUCGAUACCCUCAAAGGACUUGGAGAGUCGGGAUGUAAAGUGGUCGGGGUGGACGUGAGCUCUGGCGUCGAGUCAGACGGAGCCCAGGACCUUAACAAAAUCCGUGCUUUUGUGCAAGCAGUGAAGGGUCUUUCUCUGUGAUUUCCCACCUUCCAUUUAAUGUUUAGGAUCUGGAUAUCUGACCUUUUAUGACGGCUUUAUAUAUGAGAUUUUUUUUACAUCCAGUCUUUUAAUUUUGGUAGCCCUUGCCGUCGACGGAAAGCCUCUCUCAUAAGUUAUCAUCUUUUGUUUUUUCAAAUAUCACUUUCGGGUCCUCUUAGUCUCACUUUCACCUCUCAAUAGAAUAAUCAGCCUGUACCCUGAAAUAAAAUUAAAUCUUUGAAAACACAAUUUCAGCCUCGC